AUGCCACACGGUGGGGUCGGCUGGUUUCUGAACCGGGGAGCCGCUGGCCCCCAGCUUCCUCCAAGCAGCCUGGAUUCCUACCCCCAUCCGGACCUGGCCGUCCUCGGGAGGCAGCCCUUCUCGUGGCUUCCCACUCAUUCCAGAGAUCACAGUCCCACCCUCAUCCCCGCACAACCCAACACAAAGCAGGCCGAGGUCCUGGGCGUCAGUCUGAGCGCUGUGGGAAGCUGGCACCAGCUGCAAGGAGCCCACGGAGGCCCCGAUCCAGCCAUUCCCCACGAGCAGGAGCCGCUGCCGGAGAACCCAUCUCUCCGAUACGGGCAGCAAGCGUCACCUUCCAGAAGCAAAGAGGCAAGUUCCGCCAACCAGACGCAGUUGAUGCCUAAGAAGGCGGCGGCACAGGGCUGUUGCGUGAGACGCACCAGGAGAACAGCAGCUCGUUCUGAAAAUCCAGAGAGAACCGAGGCAGGCGGGAACUCCACCAAGAGUGCCAUGUGGGCCGGAGGCAAAGGCAUGGGCCGGCCCUCAGUGGGGUCAGCCGCUGGUGACCCCCCCCAUCCAUCCAUCCCAGGGUCCUCCCAAGGAGGGCCCACGAAGGCAGGGAGCUUCAGCUGCCGAAACGAGGACUUGGCGUCUCCCCCCACUCCCAAAACGUCCCACAGCAAGCCGCCACCUGUCACCAGAACAGUCUCGCCACCCUUGGGAGUUCAGGAGCCAGAGGCCUCAACGCAAAGCCGUGGAGGAAAGUCCCUGCCAAGGAGGAGCCAAGAGGAGGAGGCGGCUCUGCAGGAGGAAGUCUUGUGGGUCCUGCAUGUCGCUGAACAGGAGACCCUGAAGGCAGCUGCAUCACUGGGGGCCGGGCGGAGGAGACCCUCAUUCAGAGCAGCCCAACAGGAGGCCUCUGGGGGUGGGGGGCUCCUUGGCCAGGCCCUGGCCCGAGCUCCUCCUUCCCCCCCACCAGAACCCAACCUACUUUUGGCCCUCUGGCGCCAUCCCUGCACAAGCCCCUUCGACCCCCAUCUCUACCGACCCCGCCCCGCCCCCCAAGCAUGCAGCCAACAUUGCACAGGCCUCCGGGGGCCGGUGUGGGGCGGGAUUCGGUGCAGGCCAGCUCAGCUCAGCUGGGCCCAGAGCGGCGAGGAAGGAGGGAGGCGCCUCCGCCCCACGGCGAGCUGCCCCCUCGGGCUCUGGGUCCAAGCCCCGCAGCUGGCCGCCCACCUCUUCCUGGAGCCCUCCCGCCCUCCACCUGCCGGGCGCAGCAGCGCAGGGCUGCCGCCGCCGCCGCCGCCGCCUUGGCCCGGUGCCCGUCGCCACGUCCCCAGCGGUGCCGAGCCGAGCCGCAGCCGGACACCCCCGCAGGGGCCGGGCAGGGCGGGAGGCAGCCGCCCCCGGGCCCCCUGCCGGGCACAGCCGCCUUCCUCCGGUGGCGACGGAGGGGGCUGCCCAGCGCAGGGCCGCGGCCUCCCCUCCCCCUCCCUCCCUCCCCCCCCUCGGGAUCCCGCCGCGGGGGCUGCUCCGCGCACGUCCGCCCCCCGCGAGGGCGCCCAGGCCGGAUUGGGGGAGGCGGGGGCGGCGGCAGCCGGGGGGAGGCGGCGAAGGUCCGCCCCAGAUAGACAGACAGGACCGCCCGCCCGCCCGCCCGCCCCCCCGCCUCACCUGCUGCCGCUGCUGCUGCCGCCGGGGCCGGUCCCGGAGGCUCCGGGCGUCGGAUCCGCUUGGCCCCCACCUGGGACAGCCGGAAACGACGUCACGGGCCGGAAGUGGCGAGCGCGGCGGCGGCGGCGGAGCGCCGGCAGCAUGGAGCUGCCCCAGGACCCCCAGCAGCACCUGCGCAGCCUGCGGGACUUCCUGCUGGUCUACAACCGGAUGACCGAGCUCUGCUUCCAGCGCUGCGUCUCCAACCUGAACUACCGGACGCUCACCCGGGACGAGGAGGGCUGCCUGGACAGCUGCGCGGGGAAGCUGGUGCGCGCCAACCACCGCCUGAUGGCCUCCUACGUCCAGCUGAUGCCAUCCAUCGUCCAGCGCCGGAUCGCGGACUACGAGGCGGCCGGCCACGCGGCGCAGGAGGCGGGAUCCGCGGGGGCUGCCGGUCCCGGCGGCGGCGGCGGCGGCGGCAUCGUUCGCACUGUGGCAGCCGCAGACCCGCUGGGCGCUCCAGAGGCCGGGAGCUAGGCGGGGAGGAGGGGACGCUUGCCUUGCUGGGGCUCGGGGCGGCCCAGCCCUCCCUCGCCUUCGGGGCUGCGCGGAUCCAGCCAGGAGUGCUUCCGACCACCGCCCGCCCGCCCGCCCGCCCGCCCUCGAUCCUGGCUGGAGGACCUUUGGGAAGCAGCAGCACAGCCACCCCCUCGCCCCGCAGGUGGCCGGAAUGGACGGCUUCCCGUGGCAGUAAUAAAGGCGCCUUCUCUGC